AUGCAAUGGAAGAACGGUGAUACAACGAAGGGACAAAUUGUUGCGGGUGGUAAAGGCCAAGGAAAUGGAUUACAUCAAUUGUAUCGUCCAACUGAUGUAUUAAUUGACAAAGAGACGGAUAGUUUCAUUAUUUGUGAUCGAGUGAAUCGACGAGUUGUACAAUGGUCUUGUCGUAGUGGUACAGCACAAGGAGAAAUAUUCGUCGAUAACAUCGCUUGUCAUGGAGUAGCUAUGGAUGAUCAGAGAUAUCUCUACGUUGCUGACACAGAAAAGCAUGAAGUAAGACGAUAUCAAUUGGGUGAGAAGAAUGGCACCCUCGUAGCUGGUGGUAAUGGACAAGGUGAUGGACUCAAUCAACUCAAUUGGCCGACAUAUCUCUUUGUCGAUCGACAACAGAAUGCCUACGUGUCAGACAACAGCAAUCAUCGUGUAAUGAAAUGGAAUAAAGGUGCAAAAGAAGGUAUUGUGGUUGCUGGAGGACAAGGUGAAGGGAAUGCUCUGACACAAUUGUCUUAUCCUCAAGGAAUUUUCGUUGAUACGUUGGGUACACUCUAUGUAACAGACUGGGGGAAUCAGCGUGUAAUGCGUUUUACUCAAGGAGACAAGAAGCGAGGCACUGUGAUUGUGGGUGGUAAUGGUCAAGGAGAAGGAGCAAAUCAGUUCAACUACCCCCGUGGUUUGUCUUUCGAUCGACAUGGUAAUCUCUAUGUCGUCGAUCAUUAUAAUGCUCGUGUUCAACGAUUUUCUAUCGAAUAA